AUGGCAGCGAAACUAGCGCUGCAAGAGGCGCGGGCUUACACUAUCUCGAAUCUGCCUGCCAAUGCAAAAAACUUUCACGCUAUGGACCUCUCAACCGCUGUCGACACAAGGGAGUUGCUUCGAUCAGCAUGGUCAAAGUUCGAUGCCGAACACGACCGCAUCGUAUCGUCAUCUCGCGAAACAGCAAUAGAACAGUUGUAUUUUAAGGAAAACUGGUACGAUGCGACCAUGCAGGCAUAUCUAGGCGGGGUAACGCUGUUAAACUUGCAGAUAGAAGAACUCUCCCAGCAAGUAACACCUGUCACAUCUCAAAGAGCAUCUCGUUUCAGGACAGUACUUCCCACUAUCUCAUUACCGAAGUUCUCCGGUGCCUUCUCAGAGUGGAGACCCUUUGAGGAACUAUUUUCCUCAAUGAUAAAAGACAACUCAGACCUCUCACAAGUGGAGAAGUUACAUUAUCUCAGAACCAGCCUGGAGGGAGCAGCGGCUAAAGUCAUCUCAGAUCUGAAAUUAUCCGCUGAUUCUUUUACGAUAGCAUGGAAUAGAUUGUCAGACAGAUUCGACAACAAACGCCUAACAAUCCUGGCUCAUCUAGAUAGGCUGAUGGCCCUUCCUCGCAACAAGGAAAGGUCAUCUGGAUUCCUCAACAAAUUAAUCAAUAUAGUAACGUCAUCUCUCAGUGCUCUAGAGUCAUUAGGAUACCCGACUAACCAAUGGGAUCACAUCUUCGUUCAUCAGGUGGGAUUAGCGUUGGACGACAAGACUCGCAAAGACUGGGAAACCAGACUAGGAACAUCACGCGAGUUCCCACCGCUAGAUAAACUAAUGAGUCAUGUCACUAGCACGGCUAGAGCACUGGAACAUAUCGAGACUCGUAGGUCUUACGAGGGAUUCAGGAAAACAUCUCAACGGCCUAAAUCUCCUCCCACAAGGUCCUAUGCAAGGGCCUUGAACGUGAAGGCUGUGGCUACCACGCCUGCGAAGACAUCUCAGAAGCCCGGAUCAUCUCAAUUGGCAGUAGAUAAAAGGCCAAUCGGAAAACAUCCUUUGCCAUUCAUCAAUGACCUUUCCAAUAACUGCAGCUAUUGUAGUAAUAAGCACUACAUCGCCUUUUGCCCUCUCUUCAGGAAGUUAAAUCGAAAAAAGAAGGAGAAGGUCAUAGCAGAAUCGCGCCUAUGUUAUAACUGCUUGGGCAGGCAUAACGUUAGGCAAUGUAAGAGUACUAGGCGAUGCAACCAGUGUGGAGAUCAGCACCACACGCUCAUACAUCCCGAGAAAAGGAUGACAUCGCACAGAACAUCUCCUCCUACAUCCAGAACAUCUCCUCCAAUCUCCAGAACAUCUCCUCCUAUCUCCAGAACAUCUCCUCCCAUCUCCAGAACAUCUCCUCCAAUCUCAAAGACAUCUCCUUCAACAUCGUCUAGGACAUCUCCUCCUACAUCAAGAUCAUCGCUGYAAAUMUCAAGRAMUUCAAGCUCUCUCUCAGAGACAACACAGACAUCUCAGAGAGUCUCGUCCUCGCAGGGCUCACAUGUAUCGUCGGAUGAGUCACCGAGAGAGGAUCGUCGUUAA